AUGGCCGCUCCCGUCCCUCAGGGCUGCAUCUCCCGAGCAGGUCCUGGACCACUGCCCCAAGCCGAGCCUGGCGCCCUCCGUGGAGGCCCCGCUGCUCACGCAGGAGCCGUGGACCUGCUCGAGGACACCCUCCACCCGCAGGACUACAGCACCUGGAAGAAGCUGGGCACAGCCUGGACCAAGACGCGGGCAGAGUACCCGGAGAGCCACUUGGUGCCCCUCUACACCCCGGUCUUCUCUGACGGGUGGCUGCCACCUCCCGCUGAGCGGGAACCCGCCGUGAGCCACAGGGACAGUCCCGACCACGCGCCCCCCUUCUCGGCGCCGGUGCUCGCGCAGGCCCUGUACGAGUUUCGGGGCAGGAACGCGCAGGAGCUGACUGUCUGGAAAGGGGAUGUGCUGCAGGUCCUGGACCAGCGGAAAAAGUGGUGGCUGGUGGAGAACAGCCAGGGGGAGAAGGGGUACGUCCCCAGCAACAUCCUGGAGCCCCCGGGGCAGGGAGGCGAGGAGCAGGAUGCCAUGAGCCAGGACGCCUCCCCCACGCUUCACCCCGGCUCCCCGCCGGCGGAGGUGACGGCCUGGCUGAAGGACAGGGGGUUCUCACGGAUAACGGUGAAAUGCCUCGGAGUCCUCUCCGGGCACCAGCUGCUGCACAUGAGCCCGGAGGAGCUGCGAGCCGUCUGCCCGGAGGAGUGGCGACGUGUCCUCUUCAAGCUCUCGGCCGUGAAGACGUCCCUGGAGAUAGGUCCAAGGACUGAGCCACCAGGGGCUGGGACCACACUGACACCUUCCCACCGUCCACGCAGAUGCCCAACAGCCUCCUAUGACCAGCAGCCUGGCUGA